AUGUCCAACGACUACGACGUUGUGAUCCUUGGCGCCGGCGCCGCAGGUUUGUCGGCGGGGCUCUACUCGACUCGCGCGAUGCUCAGCACCCUGAUGAUCGAAAGCAUCGGUCCCGGCGGACAACUGCUGAUUACCGACGAUAUCGAGAACUACCCCGGGUUCCGGGAGGGCGUGAAGGGCCAAACGCUGGCCGAUGAGAUGUACAACCAGGCCGAGCGCUUUGGGGCCAAGAUGGAGUAUGCCGAGAUUGAAGGUGUGGAAAACCUGUACGACGACCGGAAACUGGUCCGGACCUCCGAAGGCGAUUUCACGGCUCGCGCUCUGAUCAUCGCCACGGGCGGCUCGCACAACAAGCUGGGUGUGCCCGGAGAGGACGAGUUCGGCGGCCGCGGUGUUUCGUAUUGCGCCGUUUGCGACGGCAACUUUUUCCGCGGGCAGGACGUGGUGGUCGUCGGCGGUGGCGACUCCGCCAUGGACGAGAGUUUCUAUCUUACGGGCAUCUGUAACUCGGUCACCAUCAUUCAUCGACGGGACGACCUUCGUGCCACCAAAGUGCUGCAGGACCGCGCAUUUUCCAACCCGAAGUACAAAUGGCUGUGGAGCCAUGUGGUCGAGGAAUUCGUGGGGAACGACGUCCUGGAAGCGGCCCGCGUCAAGAACGUGAAAACGGACGAGGUGUACGACUAUCCCACCGCUGCGGCUUUCGUCUACGUGGGGUUUCACCCCAACACCGAGGCCUUCCAAGAAAAGCUCGAAAUGGAUGAACUGGGCCACAUCCACGGCGACCUGCACAUGAGGACGAACAUCCCGAAGGUUUACGUGUGCGGCGACGCACGGGCCGAAUCCACCCGGCAGCUGGGAGCAGCCGUUGGGGACGGUAUCACCGCCGCGCUGGCCGCUUUCCACGACCUGUCAGCGUGA